CAACAGAUACGUUUAUGCUCCUAUAAUUAUUUUGCGAGCUUUCCAUUUGCGGCCAAGUGACAAUUCAACUUCCCUUUAUUUAGAAAGCCUUAUUACACGGUAAUAAAAAUGGAUAAAUUUUGUGGGUGCAUAAACAUUAGCAUUUAGCCAACCAACAACUCGUGUUCAUUUCAAGGUGACCCGCGUUGACAUAACAAAUGUCAAGGUUCCUGCUAGGUUCAAGGUAGUUUAUUUGACCUGUCAGACUUGUCUUCAAACUGUUCAAACUAUGGCAUCCAUAGCCUUUAUUAGACGAGUCCCAAAACUCUUCAAAUAUAAAACAGAACCCCAUUUCUUGAAAAGGACAUUUUAUCUAUAUACCCCUGAACCGUUUCACCCCAUUCCCGAUCGUCACCCCGAAUGGAAAAGAGCCGAAGAAGCUGUCAAAGUUAUCAAGUCUGGUGAUAAAAUUUAUAUACAUGGUGCAGCAGCUACACCUUUAAGAUUAGUUAAUUGUUUAACUAAACAUAGUCUGGAAAAUAAUUUAGAGAAUAUAGAAGUUAUACAUAUACACACAGAAGGUCCUGCUGAAUUUACAAAACCUGCAUUUGAAGGAAUAAUUAGAUCUAAUUCCCUGUUCAUUGCUUCCAAUGUGAGACAGGCUAUUAAUGAGGGACGAGCUGACUGUACCCCAAUAUUUUUGAGUGAAAUACCUCUGUUAUUUCGACGUAAAAUUGUUAAUUUGGAUGUAGCUUUGAUAUCUGUCACUUUACCAGAUGAACAUGGUUACUGCUCCCUGGGAACAAGUGUUGAUUGCACAAGAGCCGCCAUAGAAAAUGCCAAAUACAUUAUAGCUUUGGCCAAUCACAACAUGCCUCGUACAUUUGGUGAUGGAUUGAUUCAUCAGUCACAUAUAGAUGCAAUGGUGGAAGAAAAAUAUGUACCUAUACCAGAACGACCACAAAAAUCAUUAUCAGAUGCUGAAAUUGAAAUUGGGCGUUUAAUUGCUGAGAAUCUAGUUAGUGAUGGUGCUACACUUCAAAUGGGAAUAGGAACUAUACCUGAUGCUGUGUUAUGUCAGUUGUUCAAUCAUAGAGAUCUAGGUGUCCAUACAGAAAUGUUCAGUGAUGGUGUAGUCGACCUAGUAGAUAGGGGGGCUAUAACUAAUGCUAAAAAAGUUGUUCAGACAGGAAAAAUUGUCAGCUCAUUUGCUGUUGGAAGUAAAAAGCUGUAUAAUUUUAUGGACAACAAUCCGUUUGUUGUGAUGUCAGAUGUAUCGUUUACCAACAGUACUGCAAUUAUUUCUCAGAACCCAAAAGUAACAGCUAUUAAUUCUUGCAUAAUGGUGGAUAUAACCGGUCAGGUCGUGUCUGAUUCUAUUGGUACCAGAAUGUACUCAGCUCUACCUUCUUUCCUUGAUAUUGAGUUUGAUGGGGUAGGUGGCCAGAUAGAUUUUAUACGAGGGGCAGCGUUAGGUUUAGAUGGUCACGGUAAACCUAUAAUAGCUAUGCCAUCAACCACUAAGAAGGGAGAUUCUAAAAUCGUGCCAUUUAUUACUGAAGGUAGCGGGGUAACAACUACUAGAGCUCACGUUCAUUAUAUUGUAACAGAGUUUGGCAUAGCAUCCUUAUUUGGUAAAACUCUAAGACAAAGAGCCUAUGAAUUGAUUAAAAUAGCACAUCCCAAUCAUAGAGAAAGUUUAGAAAAGUCAGCAUUUGAAAGAUUAAAGUGUAUGCCAGCACCAUGAAGUAUGUAAAUACAUUGAUUAGAAGAUAACAUUAAUAAACAUUACUACACCAGGAGAUAUAUUUAUUGUAUCAAAGGACUUUCAGAAAAAAAGAAUCUGAUGUUUAGAAUUUGCAUUAAUGCGAAGUGCCAUUACACUGUGACACAGUCAUUUUAGAUUAGCCAUAAACAAACUUCUGUUCUUCUGUAUUUGUUUCUUACUAGAUAUACAAUAAGUCAAGUGCCCAUUAAGUAGAUCAUUUUCGAAAUAAGAUGGUAGCAGCACCAGGAUUUUCCCAUGGAACUUUGGAAGAUUAUAAAAUUUUUGGCUUUUACAUUUUGGAUUAUGUCCUUGAUGAUAAACUGAAAUAAUUACAUCUUAGCAUUGAUCAGAAAGGGGGAAAAAUAUCUCAUAGAGCUUGGAUAUGGCCAGCUUCUAAUUAAAAGUACAUAAAUUAAUUUUAUUUGUUGUCUGUCGGACAAACCACAUAAUUAUGGUGUACUUUUGUUUGAGUAAUGUGCAGAGGGAUCUUUAAAAGUUUAAUUGUCUUGUAAAAGUGUAUGAUCAUCGAAACAGAUCUUAUAAUUGCAGUGCACAUUUGACCCUUAGAUUAAGAUGUGAAACUUUUGCAAAUUAUUUCACUCAUUUUGGUAUUAUUUAAAUUAUAGGUCUAUUCUUGUCUAAAAUGAAUUCAUUAUCUCCUUAAAAUGAUUCAGGGGCAGAUGUUGUCCAAGACCAUUACUUGCCUUGAAAACCAUUAAUAGUUAUGUUAUUAUAGUUUUUUUUUUACGAGAAUACAACAUAUAUUUAGUGUAUUUACCCACGAUCAGCUGAAAAGUUAUUCUGUGACACAGCUCAGUUGAUCAUCAGCCAAUCAUGUGCAGAACAUGAGGCAAAAAGAAUGUGAUCAUACUCUAUAUUUUAUCAUUUACAUCCAUAUUUUACUGUUAAGAGUUACUGUUAUUGUCUUUUAAUGACUGGUAUUAUGUUUACCAGUAUUUUAUAUUUCUGUUAAAUUUACAAACAUAUUUAGUACUUUUUUUGUUACAUGAAUUGUAGAUUGUUAUAUGUUGGGGUAUAUUGUCAUCACUCCUGCUUGUCCAUCCAUCACUUCACAAAUCAGAGUUUUUAAGAUUUGUUUUUCAAACUUGUUUGGAUUAUGCACCUUUUUUUUUUUAUGAUUUGUGUAUGUCACAUAAGCUUGUACGGUAAACAUUUUUGGAAUGUCUUCUUUUUAAUAAGCUGGAAUUGUUUUAUUUUAAAGAGUAAUGAAAUUCAGAGUGGUACAUCAGUUUUAUGAUGGUUAUUGUUAUAACAAUUUUUAUAAUUGUUGUACAAGUCUGAAUAAUUAAGAUUGUUUUUAUAUUACAAUGCAACAUUCUUGCCUACCUUCAAAAUGCUACUGAUGGACAUAUAUAUCAGUAUACUGUCAUACAAAAUAAAAGCUUCAAAAACAGUUUGGAAUGAUUGCUCAACAUCAAUAUUAUAUAUAUAUAUAUAUGUACAUUAUCAUCAUAGACUACAAAGCAGGGAACUAUUAAAAUGGCUUCAUCCAUCUGCCUGUCACACUUUUGGGGACACAAAAACUCUGGUGUAGUUUCCCUUUACGUUUAGUCAUUCAGAUGGGAAGAAAAACCAAGGUCUAGUUUGUAAGCUUACAAGUUGGCGUGCACAAAACAAAGCUUGCCAGUUGGAAUUUGGAUUAAGAGUAGAUAACAGUGCUGCCGUCAAGGCAAAUUUCUCAUAUAACACACUGUAUUUCGUAUGCCUGUCUUCAUUAGCUCGGUUGGGAAGGAACGUAGGACUCCAUUUCAUUUCCAUGAACACAUUUUGUAGAUUUAGCACUUUAGAAAUAGACAUAUUAUUAUCAUUGGCAAUUGGUCUUAAAUGUAGUCUUAAUAGUACAUGUACAUGUCUGGUAGUAGUAGUGCAGUUUUAGUUAUUAUACCCUACAGCUUGUUGGUCAAGGAUUAUAAUCCUUCAAAUGAGCACUGAGCGGACAUGCAGAAUGAACUUAUAUUUCCACAAAAUUUUGCACUGUAUCACAAGAAUCACUAAGUUACAAAAAUUACUCAGAAAUACAUACAGAACAAAGACUUUGUGGACUGCUAUCCUUGAUUUUACCUUCAAUCUAUGUAUUUUAUUAUAUUUUAUGCCAUAUUUAAUAUAUAACCAUUUAAUGAACUCUUUGGUGCAUAUUUAUUAUUUGUUAUUAUAAAGUUUUAACCGGUGUUAGUGUAUAUUGUUUUUGAUAUGGUCAUCUUAGUAUAUCCAAGAGAAUAAUGUAUUAAUACUACCCGUGGUUCACACAUUACAAUAGUGCCAAGAGAUACAUUUCCAUUGUGAACUUUUGAUAGGCUCUCCGCAUGUCAUCAAAACUGACCUUUGAGACUUCAAAUAACAUAAUAAUAGCCAAUGCUUUUUGUUGUGUUGAACCAAGAGUAGUAAUGAUAUGUUACAGACAUUGGUUAUAUCCAAGACAAUGAUUGACAUGUUAUUGUUAACCUUAGUAAAAUAUAUUUGCCUACCUGUGAUUUGUUAAAACACACAAGAUUGUAUGCCUGGAGUUUAAAGAUAUAUUAUGGAAGAUUCGAUAACGAGUUGGCAGUUCUCACUAUAAUAGUUAAAAACUAGAUAAUGUAAAGGCAAUUUGCUGAAAAUUUCAUUCAAAUUGAUACACUAUGAACCGAGAACUAAGCGGUUGAAAUUUCCGGCUAGCCUUGAUCAUCAUUACUAAAAUCAGUACGAUAAUAGUGAAGGAAAGUUAUGCAGUAAAUCGGCUCACAAUCCACUAAAGAUCGCAGGCUAGCGAUGCCAUCUAGAGUUGAUUAUGGUCUGGAUAGAUUAAUUAAUAUCUAAUUAAUAAUUUAGAUAACAUUUAAGGCCUAAAAGACCUGCAAUAGACAGAUUUAGCUCUUCCAUAAUGUAUUUUUAAGCUUGGGUACUUGCAUUAUUCUAGAAUAAUACACAUUAUUUAUCUGACAAUAAUGUCUCUUACAGUAAACAAACAUUAUUUUGGCUACCAGCUAAUUUAAUUAGGAACUAAGAGUUUUGAAACGUAUUUAAGAAAUGUAAGAUUCAAUGUGUUUGUAGAUGACCAUAAUAUGUUAUGUUUUAACUGGACAUGUUUGGUUUUGUUAACUUAUAAAUGUGACUCUGUGAUUGUAUGAAGUUAAACCAGUUUGGCAACAGUAGGGUGCCCCACACAUCCAAAAUGUUCUUUAUUAAAAGUUGUACACACUACAGCUACUCAUGCAGUGCGAGAAUACUGGGCGGUAUAGUCAGUGAUGCUAUAAAUAGCCAUCGCACAUGAAAUUUUCAACACAUCUAACGACUAUUAAAGCCGUAAAAAAUCUGUUGUUAACUAUUCUGAAUAACAAUAAUAUUUCUGAUUCCUUGUUACGGCAGCUUUGGAAAUUAUGUUCUUUAUGUUUUUGAAUUUGCUAUAUUAUGAACUAUACAGUUAGGAGCGGCAUCUUUUGGUUUAGUAAAAUUAAUAAUUAUCUCCAAAGUUCCUUCAUUAGGCAAGAAUAGCAUACUAGUAGUAUCUUAUUUUUGUUUUUACAAGGUUCUCAAAACAAUUGUUGAGUUGACUAACGUGUGUGUUUCUAAAUUACAUUUAGUGAUCUAGCUUUCUGUAACGUUUUGUAGAAAAUAAUCUUGAUUAUCCCAGCCUGUCAAUCAGCCGGAGAACGAUUGGUAGGCAGCUGAAGAUGGAGUAAUUUCAUAUCAAGGGCAGAUAACCUAUUUUGCACUAAAAAAUGCCCAGAUUGAAUGGCUUAACAACUUUUUCAGUCUAAUUUUUUAAUUAUUUGAAAUAAUUAUAACUUGUUAAAUACAACACAACGGUAUUUUGGGACUAUAAAUGUGAGGUGGUAAGUUAAGACUUGUUAUAUAUAUAUACUUAUUGUGGUAUAAUUAUCGAGAUAUUGGGAGAUAUUUAUUUAUGGUGGGACACCCUAGCAGCAGUUGAACUGACUGGAGCCAAAUAGAUAUAUUAUUAUUGUAGCUCCACUCUGUUAUCAUGUGGUAUGUGCAUCCCGGUUUUAAAUUUCAAUCAAAGGCUAAUGCAUACAUGUAUGUAACUAUUUUUAUACACUUUAUUAAGGAUGUAUAUUAGAAUAUAAAUAAUAAGUGUUGAAUAACUA